AUGGCCCUCAACGAGGCGGUCGGCCGGCGUAUUGGGGACCCCUCCUACCAUGCGAUCAUGCCGUGGGUGGUGAACUUCCUGCCGGGGGCCGAAACCAUCCAGCAGGAACAACUCCGGGACCUGGCCGUGUCCAAGUACCGACUGAAAAAGGGCGACGAGCAACUGCACGCCACCUUCAGCACGGCUCUCUACUCGUAUGUGGCCUCGAAUCCCUCCUUCUCGGGGAAGUUGCGCGAUGUGGCGCCGGAACUCUUUCAGCAUGUCGACUGGCCGGACAUGGAGCCGAGCGAGCGCCUGGCCGCGUCCUCCUUCGACACGCUGUCCAGCAUCCCGCACCACAGCAUGGACCCGCUGACCGAAAUCACGGUCUUUGUCUACCUGGCCCGGCGCAUGCCGCGCAUCUUGCUGACGCGCUUCGUCCGGUCGACCUGGGCCCCUCGCGAGUAUCCGGACUCCCUGGGCCGGCUGAUGGCCUGGUCGCCGGAGGAGUGCAUUCCGCAGUUUUUCACCGACCCCGAGGUGCUGGUCAGUUGCCACUCCGACCUGCCGGACUUGGGGCUGCCGCUGUGGGCCGAGGGCUCGCCCGAGGUGUUCAUCCGGCGCCAUCGCGAGCUCCUGGAGAGCACGGCCGUCAGCGCGCGCCUGCACAUGUGGAUUGACUUGACAUUCGGGGCGGCCCUGGCCGGGGAUCUGUCCUUGGCUCAGCUGAAUGUCCCCCUGGACCCGAAUGCUCGGCUGCCCCUGGUGCAGACCCUGCAACAAGGCCUGGCCCGGAGCCGGGCUCAGAUCUUCCACUCUCCGCACCCAUGGAAGGUCCUGCCUUCGGAGCAGCACACCACCGAUGCCGAGGAUGCCGGGGUGCGCGAGUCGGCCGAGCAGCCGCCAUCCCACUCCCCAGCUGACAGCAACUUCGAUCCGAUGGAUCCUUUCGCCGAGCUCCGGAAACUCGAGGCCGAGUCGCACUUUCGCCAGUCCAGCACGCUGGCCAGCAUGGCACUGCCCGGGUCUUCUGUCGAGAUGGCAAUCGAAACGAUGGAUGUCUCGCCCCCCGGAGCCAGCGCCUUCCCCGAUCCGUCAGUGCCCCGGUCGGCCACCGAAUUGGUCCCGUUGUCGGAGCGCCCGGCCGCGGGAGCCCCCUCCGCCGAGCAGAUGGACCUCUUCCAUGUGUUGCAAUCGGUCGGCCGCGGUCUCUUCCUGGGUGUCGAGACGCCCCUUGCCCUGCAAAGUCUGCUUAGCCUGCGCCCGGAGCAGCUCCCCCCGAUUGAGGAUCUUCUCCGGCCGACCAGCCAGUUGGCCGACAUGGGGGAUCUGCUGGUUGACACGACCAGCUUCUGGGCCACCAGCCUCUUCCCGGACUACUUUGGGCCGGUGUUCGAAGACCUACACGCUGCGGUGCUCAACCGUCCGGUGAGCCCGGCGCUUGCGGCCCCACCUCCAAUUUCGGAGGCCCUCCUACAGCGGCUGCACUCGGUCGAGGCGGAUCUCUUCGACGUGGUGGCCGCCCAUGCCUUGCGUGAUAGCGUCCUCUCGCUGUCCACCACGCAGGAUGCCCCGCAAGUGACUCGCGAUGCGGCCAUUUGGCAGUCGGGUCUGGCGAUGGAAGGCACCACGUCCGACACGAUGUCCACCACCGGCGGGGCCUCGCACGCGCGCGGGUGCGGAACCCGACGCAUGGCCCUGACAGUGCCUCUGGUUCGGUGUGCCCGGUCGCUGGCCAGCAGCUUCCCGCUACUUCGAUCGGCCAUGGUUGGUCACAGUCUCAAUGGCCAGACUCUGGGCCUGAUGCGGCCGCUGGUCCAGCUGCUGGAGACCAACCACCCAGCAGUCUAUGCGGAGCUCUUUGACUUUGAUGCCCGGCCGCCGGCGGCCAUCGCUCAGGAGCUCUUUGCGGCCUUCGGCGCGCCGCUUCUCUGCCAGCUGGUCAUCCCGCACCUGGUGGAGGGCUGCAUGUCCCCCUUCUCGGCCGCCGACGAUCCGGGUCUCUGGACGAGCCUUCCUGGCCGGUGCUCGCGGCUUCUUGUGCACCUGUCCGGCCAUAUCGGCAUGGUCCUGGCGCUCAAGCACAUCAUCGAGCCGCUGCUCGAGGCCAUCGGCCAAAAUGAGCUGGUUUCCUCGCCGGACAUGGUGGCAUGCCUGUUGACGCAUUCGGAUGCCCCGGUUCUGGAGUCGGGGUCCCUGCGCCCGGUGGAUGCCCUGACAGCUGAGCCAUUCCCCCUGCUGCCGUGCCCAAUGCAGGCCACUCUCAUCGGUGUGGCCAAAGCCCUGGAUCCCUAUGGGCGGCACAUUUUCCCGGAGUACCUGCUGCCCUUCUGCGUGUUGCUCCUCCGGUCGGCCAACGCCUCGCCGGCCAACAGCCGACGCGGUACCCGCCGGUCCAGCAGCUUCAAUGGGCCGGAUGGGGACUCGCAGGAUGCUCGGUCGCCAGCGCUGGGGGGCAGCUUGGCCCAGCGGCCCGGGCACCAGGUGCGUGUGCGUGUCGGGCCGGCCCUGUCGCCGGUGAUCGCGGUCCAGGGCCUGCUCCUGUGGCGCCGGGCGCUGAUGGCCUACUCGCAUGGGGAGGACCAGCUGCCGGGGGUACACUCGGCUGGAGGCUGGCCGGACGCCUGGCCGGCUCCCUGGAGCCAGCCGGGGCUGACCAUGAGCGACUACUACCGGCGGCGGUAUUGGCUGCUGGCAGAGCCGGCCGCCAAGUUGGCCAUGUCCUCGGCCACCCUGGUGGUGUUGUAUCCUUUCAUCAAGUUUGAGCAUUUGCUGCCCUCGGUGCAGCCCUACUUUUCGACGGACAUGCGGGUGGUCACCUUCACCCUGGCGGUGGACCUGCUGGCUUCGCUGUCGCAAUUGGAGUUCGCCUCGCGACAGGAUUCCGCCCCGCCGGAGGUGCUGCUCGAGGCGGAGCUCCAGGCUUCCGGCACCUUGCUCCGGCCGCGGCCGCUUCACAUUGCCGGUGGCGCAUCGACCGAGCAUCUCGGGCCGGAGGCCAACUGGUCGCCGAGUGCCAGUGGCUCGCUCGGCGGCCCGGGCAGCGCCGGCCCUGGCGCGUCGCUCGCCGGCAGCCCACUGGCCGGGCGCUCGGCAUCUCACAGCCCGUCCGCCUCCACCGGCCACCUGCCCGGGGCCGGUGAGCCGGGGCCCGGCUUGACUGGUGUCCGGUCGGCCGAGGGGCUUGCCUCCUCGUCCUCCUCCACCGGUGGCCUGGCCAUCGCCGCCGGAGCCGGUGAAGGUCCUGCCGCGCUUCGGCCAUCCGGCAGCCAGGGCGCCGACUUCCCCGAGAGCACCACCAUCCUGAUGAAUUCCCUGCUGGAGCCCUUCCUGCUGGUGCUGUCCGGGAGCUUCCGCUCCCGACUGAAGGCCCAUUUGACUGGCAAUGAGCUGGCUUCGUCGCUGCCCGCACACUUGCCGGACCUGGCGCUCUUCGUUCACCGCCGGGUGACCCUGGCCCUGGGUGCCCUGUCGCGCCUGCUGCUGGAGGAUAUCACCCUCUUCUUGGACCGGGUAUAUGGCAAUGCGCCAUACACCCCGGCAUUGUCGUCGACCAGUCGCCCGGAUGACCGGGCCUCCUCGGUGCCAGAUGACCGCCUGGCGCAUUUCUCCAUCGCCGAGGACUUGGCCUCGCCGUCGGCCUUCUCGCCCUCGCGAGCGCACAUCCAGGCAGCCGCCGCCGCGGCCGGCACCGCUGCCAGCCCCGCCGAAGCCGCCCCCGUCGGGGCCAUCGACACGCCCACUGCCCCGAGCACGCCGGCGCAGGCCAAUGUCUCGAUGUCCGGCCAGCAGCCUGGCCAGUCGGCCGGGCCCCCGGCCGGGCCCGGUGGUAUCUGGCCGAUUGCUCCCCAGUCCACCGAGGACAGCCUUCGUACCCACCGGUAUUACGGGUCGGUGGGCAUGCUGGCUGGGCAGGAUUUCGCCGCGUGGCAGCGGGCGGCCGAGGACCGGCAAGACCCAUCGAUCGGCGACUCGGAGUACAUCCUGCGGGAUGUGCGUUUGCGCCAGUAUUCGGAGCACUCGUCCCAAAUCACCAGCCUGGCCGUGCACACCGGAUCCUACCAGGCCCUCAUGGGGCCGGACCCCUUUGAGCCGGUGUUCGGGUACGAGUCGAUCGGGUUCAGUGCCUCGCUCGACAAGACCGUCAAUGUAUGGUCCCUGGGCAUCCACCAUGCGCUGGGGUCCUGCGCGGCGGCCGAGCUGCCGGCCAGCGCCGGGGGCUCCCUGUCCGGGGGGAGCUCCAGCGGGGCGCUGCAAUCCUUGGGCCGGCGCCUGGCCGUCUAUGAGGCCCACCAGUCGCCGGUGUAUGCCCUGGAUUUGGCCUACCACUCGGCCAUGCGGGUGGUCAGCGCCGGGCGGGAUAUCCACUUCUGGGAUCCGGAAACCGGGCAGACGGACAUCGUGUACGAUUUCCACGCCGGGGUGCAGUAUCUCCGGCCCGGGGGCGGGGUCGGCAGUUUCGGCUCCCUGGGCCUCGGGGCCGGGCAUUUGGGUGGCCCUCUUGGUGGUGGUGGUGGUGGUGGCGGCGGCGGCGGCGGCGCCCUUGGAGUUGGGAAUGCGCUCGGCCUCACCGGCGGCGCGGGCCCCAGCGCCUCGGCCGCCAAUAGUGCCCUCCGGCUGAGCGUCAUCGGCCCGGGGCUUGUAGCCGCUGGUCUGCUCUCCUCGAGCCUCGUCAAGGUCUUCGACAUGCGCGUCCAGCACCCGGUCAUCACUCUGCACACGACAUCCACCGGCGCCCUGAAGUCCGUCAGUGACUUGAUUUCCACCUCGACAGUCCUCUCACGGCCGGUGCUCCGGUCACUGGCGGCCGCACACUCAAGCAUGUCCCCCGGGCCGCUGCUGGCAGUCGGCCACACCCAGGGGUAUAUUUCCCUGUUGGAUCUCCGCUCGGCCGGGUCGCGGCUUGUGCGCUUCAGCCAGCCCUGCGAUGGCCCGGUGUCCCACCUGGCCUUUGCCCACACGGACCCCUGGGGCACCGGGCUCGGAGCCGUCAACCACACGGACCUCAGCGGAGGCACCAAUGGCCAGCCCGGAGCCGGGCAGCCGGUUCUCGUGGCCGCCUCUCAGGACAAGUGCUUCAUCUUCGACACACAUGUUGAAGGCCGGCCGAAGGCCAUCCAACAUCCCGAGCACGUGUCGGCCAUUGACACCUACAAGUACCGAGUGUUCUCCGUCGACGGUAAAGGGCAGCUCAACGUCACAGACGCCAUUUCCAAGAGGAAAUUGCACGAGGGCCGGAUUUCCCCGCUGGCCAUCAGCCACCCGGGCCAAGCCUGGGAGCAGGUCCAGCAGAUUGUCGAUCCGACGGGGCUGCUCUCGGCAGGCGGUGUCGGAGCGCCAGCCCUCGGCGGCGGGCCGAUGUCCACCGGGCCGGCUGUCAGCAUGGCCAGCUCCCCGAUGACUGGUGGGUCGGGCGCCGCACCGGCCGCCCGGAAGUCGGCCUUCCACUCGCUUGUGCGACCGUUGUCGAUUGUCGUUGGCUCCGGCUCAACUGGCGGUGUGACGCCCUCCUCCUCUUCUUCUGGCUCCUCGUCGUCCUCCUCCGUCGUCUCCUCGGCGUCAUCUUCCUCUUCCUCCACGCCGCUGUCCUCCGGCCCGGCCUCUUCGGCUGGCGGGAUUCAAGCCGGGGGCAUGGGACUGGGGGCUGGCCAUCAUCCGACUGGCAUGUCGAAUGGCUCAAUCGCCAUGCCCAUGCUGAGCUCGGAUUCCGGGCAUCACCUAGCCGGGACCCCACCUUCCGGGCUGUAUCCCUCUUCGCCGGCGCAGUUGGCCGGCGGUGUGGCCUUGCCCCUGACGCCAGGCGCUGGAGGCGCUGUCGGCGCCGCCGGGGCAGGGCUUUCUAAUCGCAGUUUGGCCCUUUCGCGUAGCCGCCCACUGGCAUCGACAUCUGCCUCGCCCAUUACCGCCUUGCGCUACCUCCCAGGGAAUGAUGUCCUCUGGGUCGGCACCAAGAGCGGAGACAUCCACCUGAUCCGUUGAUGAGCGGAAGUGUAUCCCCCCCCCCCCC